AUGCCAUAUCAUGUUGAGCUAUGCCUUAGCCAAAUAACAUAGUCUUGAGGGCCCUGGAAUGGGAAGAGACAAUGUGCAGAUAUGAGCCAAACCCUUCAUUUGCAGAGGGGUUGUCUGGGAAGCAAAGGUAGAGGGCGUGCUUCCUCUGUAAGGAAGUCUUCACUAGACUUUUAUCUAGAGUUAAUUGACUGUUAACUCAAGGUAUUUAACACCUUUGUGAAAGCAAGUGUGGACACUUUACAGCUGACUGGGCCCCAUAAGUGAGCACUAGCCUUUACCUUGAGUUAACGGGCAAUCUGCUAAUCCAAUGGUAGAGUGACCCCAUCUGCCUGUAAAAUAGAUGUAUCAAUAAAUGUCUGUAUGUUGACACUUGAAAACAGUAUUUAACCUACAGUACUUAUUCACUGAAAUAAAUUAUAAAAGUUCAUUACAUUAUAGGGCUUCAAAAGUAACGUACAUUUGAGUGUUGCUGCUCACUUGAGUCCUAUCCCCACACACAAUCCCUUGUCUUGUGUUGGCAUCUACUUUAGGUUACGCUCAUCUUCGCUUUACGCUAUACCCCCCCAAUGGGUCAGCCAAUCUAUCAGCUGCUAACACCACUGCACUGUAGCAUGGAGCCAGGCUAGCUCUGCUUGAGCGCUGCUAGUCCUCCAAUACCUUCCCAUAAUUCCUCCUGUGUGCCCAGAGAGAAGAGAUGAGUUCUCCCCCAAUUCCCUAAGGAAAAAAAAUUCAGCUCAACUUACUGCAAUGGAAAGAAUAGUGGUAGGAUCCAUCCAAAUAUGCCAUACAUGAAUGAGUGCAUCACUAGUGUGGACACACCAGUGGGUUAUUUUCAGUGUGGCCACUUGCACUUGAGCUAGGUAAAUGCAAGGGAAGUAACUUGAAUUAACUCUGUAGUGAAGACACUCACUGUUAAUCUAUUCCCAGGGAAGACAGCAACCUCUCUGGAAUUAUGGGGUUUCCUGCACUUUUUUCUGGACUAGUGGUACUGGUCCUUGUCAGAGAUGGGCUCAUGACUAGCUGGAUCACUGCUCUGACUCAAUAUCAUCAUUCCUAUGAACAGGAAGGGAUUCUACAACCCAAGGAAGAUGUCAAGACGCAGUAGUCGUUUGCAAGCCAAGCAGCAGCUGCUGCCGCCACCCCCAUCCCCCUGUCAGGAAGAGUCUCCACAAGAGCUGCAGGCACCAGAGCCUCUCCAGACCAAGAAAAGGAGAGCAACAGAGGAUAUCAAGAAAGGAGAAGAUGAAAAGGUCAUUAAAAGACAUCAGUAUGAGAUUAAGAGUUGUUGGCCACCCACAAUAUCUGGAGGCAUCUCCCCCUGCAUAAUUAUUGAAACACCCCACAAGGAAAUGGCAGCUACUGACUUUUCCAGAUUCAAGAAAUACAGGUUCAGAAACCUCUUCAUAAAUCCAUCACCUUUGCCUGAACUUAGCUGGGGAAAUUCUAAAGAUGUCUGGCUCAAUAUUCUGAAGAAGGAGAACAAAUAUGCUCACUGCAAACAUUUUACAUCGCUACAUUCUAACUUGCAACCACACAUGAGAUCAAUACUCCUGGACUGGCUCUUGGAGGUAUGUGAAGUGUAUAUGCUUCACAGAGAAACCUUCUACCUAGCUCAAGAUUUUUUUGAUAGAUUCAUGUUGACACAAAAGAAUAUUAAUAAAAAUAUGCUUCAGCUAAUAGGAAUUACCUCAUUAUUCAUUGCCUCCAAACUUGAGGAGAUAUAUGCUCCUAAACUACAAGAGUUUGCCUAUGUCACAGAUGGUGCUUGUAGUGAAGAUGAUAUUAUAAGAAUGGAGCUCAUUGUAUUAAAGGCUUUAAAAUGGGAACUGUGCCCAGUGACAAUCAUCUCCUGGCUCAAUCUUUAUCUCCAAGUGGAUGCUUUGAAAGAUGUUCCAAAAGUGCUGCUACCUCAGUAUUCUCAGGAAAAAUUCAUUCAAAUAGCACAGCUUUUAGACCUAUGUAUUCUAGAUGUCAGUUCUCUGGACUUCCAGUAUAGGACACUGGCUGCUGCUGCACUCUGCCACUAUACCUCAGCUGAGGUAGUCAAAAAAGCUUCAGGUUUAGAUUGGAACAGCAUUUCAGAAUGUGUAGCGUGGAUGGAUCCUUUUGUUAGGGUGGCAAGAAAAGCCCCUGUGAAAUUGAAGAGUUUUAAGAAGGUUGCAGUGGAAGACAGACAUAAUAUCCAAACCCACACAAACUACUUGGACAUGCUGGAUGAAGUGAAUUGUGGAGUAGCUCUAACAGCACCAGGACAGUUAUCUCCAGGAUGUAUAGGAGGAAUAAUAACACCACCCAAAAGCACAGAGAAAAAGUGAAAAUAUGGAAACCACUGACAAGACAUAUGCAAUGAACACUCUUUGGUAGAAACUCCAAAGCAGGACACUGCUUCAGUACAGAGCUACCCUAAAGCAGAGACUCAAUCUAAUCCUUGAACACUUACUGCUAUACAGGAUGUUGAGGCAGAAAAAGACAUGUCAAACUGAAUAAUGGAUAGCUUGGCCUUGUGCAGACUUCAGAAUUGUUACACAACACCUAUCCCUCCCUAGGUUAUGGAGGGGGUUAUGAUAGAUCAUUUGGUCCCUUCUGCUUUUAAUCUCUGCUAUAGUAGGAAUAUUAAUUUAACUGGAAAAAAUUCAUAAUUUAAAGACUAUUAUGGAUUUUGAGAACUUGUUUUAAAACAAAUCUUGUUGGAUAGGAUAGCAGUCAUUAACAAAGCAGAGCCAUACACCAUUUUUUGUUGGAUGGCAGGAGAAACAAAGCUAUGUAUUGCUCCUUAAAGCAACAGUGUGUACAAAUUUCCUAAUACCAUAGUGACUAUUUUCUUGGUAUGGUCACCUUUUAAAUCUGAGUUCAACUAAAACAAAAGCAGCCCACAAACUGAUGUCACCUGUACUCAUGCCACUUAUUCCUGGUUUGUGUGGUACUUGCAAUAUCUAAAGGUGAAGGCUAUGUUUGAGUUGGAAAUUUAAUCUGACUGCACUUAAGCAAAGCUGCUAUCUACCUUGAUGUUGGUGCAAGGGGGAUGAACUUCUAAGGCCAAAAUAGCAUCUUUAGAGGGGUAGGGCUAGAUUAAAUCCUCAGUUGAGACAAGGCCUAAAGUAAAGUGACAGAUUGCUUUGGGGGGAGGGCUGCUGAAGAGGUGCUAACCUGAACUUGUUUUAAGUGCUAAAUUUGACCUCAGGUAAAAAACAAUUUGCUGCUGAAGUAAUUUAAC